AAAAGGAUCAUUCUUCAGUUCAAGCUUGAAACAGAAGCCAGUCGCUGCGUGGAAGACCACGUACGCUGUGAUACAAGCGAAGCAUGAAGAACGAAGGCAUAGAGGGGACUGAGCGGUUCCUCAGCCUGGACAGGGGCCGAGGUCUCCGGGCGUUGAGGCACUUCGCGGUGGGGGAGUUGGUGUUCGCCUGCCCAGCUUACUCGUACGUGCUGACUGAGACCGAGAGAGGAGCGCACUGCGAGCACUGCUUCACCAGGAAAGAAGACCUUUUUAAAUGCGGGAAAUGUAAGCAGGCCUACUAUUGCAACAUUGACUGUCAGAGAGGGGACUGGCCCAUGCAUAAACUGGAGUGUGUCGCCAUGUGUUCCUACGGAGAAAAUUGGUGUCCCUCUGAGACCGUCAGAUUGGUAGCCAGAAUCAUCAUGAAACAGAAAGUCACAACAGAACGCACGCCGUCAGAAAGACUCCUGAUGCUCAAAGAGUUUGAAGCACAUUUAGACAAAAUGGAUAGCCAGAAGGACGAAAUAAACGAGACUGACGUCGCUGCCCUGCACCACUUCUACGCCAAACAUAUCAGCAACAUCCCGGAUGACCAGGCGCUCACUGAGCUUUUUGCACAGGUUAAUUGCAAUGGUUUCACAAUAGAGGAUGAGGAGCUCUCACAUUUGGGAUCGGCAGUAUUUCCAGAUGUAGCACUGAUGAACCACAGUUGCAGUCCAAAUGUCAUCGUGACCUACAAAGGCACAGUUGCAGAAGUAAGAGCAGUGAAGGAAAUCAGCCCUGGAGAGGAGGUCUUUAACAGUUACAUCGACCUGCUCUACCCCACAGAGGACCGCAGAGAACGCUUGUUCGAUUCCUACUUUUUCACUUGCCAGUGUACUGAGUGCACCACCAGGUCAAAGGACAAAGAAAAGAUGGAAAUCCGGGACCAGAUCUCCAGAGCACCUGAGCCAGAGGAAAUCCAAGCCAUGGUUCGAUAUGCCAAGAAUGUCAUUGAGGAAUUCAGAAGAGCUAAACAUUACAAGAGCCCGAGCGAGCUGCUGGAGAUGUGUGAACUGAGCCAGGAGAAGAUGGGCGCCAUAUUUGCAGACACAAAUGUCUACAUGCUGCACAUGAUGUAUCAGGCUAUGGGCGUCUGUCUCUACAUGCAGGACUGGGACGGUGCCAUGAGCUACGGAGAGAAGAUCGUACAGCCGUACAGUGUGCACUACCCGGCCUACUCCCUCAACGUGGCGUCCAUGUAUCUGAAGCUGGGCCGGCUGUAUUUGGGGCUGGAGAAGAAGACGCAAGGCGUCAAAGCUCUGAAGAAGGCGCUGGCCAUCAUGGAGGUGGCCCACGGGAAGGAUCACCAUUAUGUUGCAGAAGUCAAAAGGGAAAUUGCGGAACAGAAAUGAAAAGAUGAUGGAAGCACACACCCCCGACUGCAUGGCAUGUCAUCCCCCACCCCCACCCCCCUGCCCCCC